GAAAGAACGAAAAAAACGGUCAGAAGUAAAUUUUGAGACGUAUAUCUUGGAACAAAAUACGAAAAUGAACCAAAAUACUGAUCCGAAGGAUGAUAUGGAAAUACAAGACUGGUUAGUUGAUUUAGAACCACUUGAUCCAAUGGAAAUAAAAGCUGAAAUCGAAGAAUGGACGCGUAAAA